CUUAACCACUCUCGUUUCAUCUAUUAUCGAUGUUUGAAUUUAUGUGAUCACUCUCCUUAAUAUUGUAUGAUUUUGUCUCGGAAUAAAAAUAUUUCUGAGGAACUAAAAUCCUUUCUUUGCUAACCUCUUGCAAAUCUUUUCAAUCUUUUAAUUGCUUUGCGACAGAAUACGGGAGUGAAUACGAGAAUACGAAAACGAGAAGACUGAUUAACGACUCUUACCUUGUGAGACUCGCUGAAAUGGGAGGACUGAAUUGGAGCAAUUGCGUUGAAAAUUGAAACCUCAGUCAGAAGGCGAAAUACUUAGGAGUAUUCAAGAGCAUUAGGACGCCAAGGCCAACAAUUGACCCGGAGAUUCAAACACUUUGCGAAGAUACAUACCUGGAAGUUGGAUGGUGAGCCAUCAAGUAGGCCGGUCAACUUGAGCAUUUGCUUCGGGGAGAACGAAAGGACCAAAAAUCAUACAAAUGAGAAUCGAAAGAAUAAUUAGAACUACCAUCAGCGACACAGGUUGUGCCAUCUAGAGGAACCGUUCACUUGCAGUGUAUCAUUCAAGUUCUCAAAGUUUUUAAAAUUGGCAACUCACUGUCAAGUCAAGUCAAAUCAAAUCAAAUCAAAUCAAAUAAAAUCAAAUCAUCAAGGUACUUUCCGACUCCUAAGCUCUGUCACGUACCGAUAUUAUUCUUCACAAUGCCACAUAUCACAACAGCAAUGGAGUGGAGUAGGAGGAGGGGAAUUGGAGAAAUAUUGGUGGCAAGUUUACUUCAAAAAAGGUCAAUUACUGGAGAUGCAUCAAAUGUGAAAAACUCUUUUAGUUCAUGGUCAAAUUGUAUGGCAGCUACAUACUGCAAGUUCGUCGCCCCUUCUCCUGUGCCACAUUUUCGUAUCAUUCCUACAUCAAAUCCAAACUAACCUUGACCCUUCAGAUGGCCUGUCAUAGCAAUAAUCAUCAUCGUCGGCUUAACCGUUUUCUCCAUCGCUUGGUGUAUAAUAAGAUGUGCUUGCUGUGGCAUGUCCUGUUGUUGCACCUGCUUCUCUUUCCUUAAAUGUUGCGAUUGUUGCGGUGGCUGUUGCGAUGGUAAAAGGGACCGCCCUCACAAACACCUCGACGAUUAUCCUCCUCCAAAUCCAAAUCCGAAUCCGAAUCAAGGCUACCAAGCUCCGGCCCCAAUGAUGGGCGGCGCUCUUCCUGCUAGGCCGGAACCACCAAAAUACGCACAAUUCGAAGUAGGAAAAAAUGGUCUCGCUGUCGAUCCACCGAAGACAAUCUCAGAAGAUGCAUUACCACCUAUGCCGAUAUGGGAAAGUGCAAGUCAGAGGCAUGUGAAUGAUGAGGAGAAAGAUGAGAUGGGUAUGGAAUUGACAGAAUUGGAUCCUGUUACGGGUCAGAAUAUGCCAUCCAUGGCUGGAGGUGUUGUCAGCAGUCAUCCCAACAGCCCAGCAAAUGGACAAGGGGAAAGCGCUUAUGGAAGACAAGGUCAGGGUGUGAAUAAUGGUUUCAUGAAUUCUCAGGGCUUUUAUAACCAAAGUCUGAACAACCGACCUGGAAAUGGAAGAGGUUUUGCGCCAGGAGGAUCACCAAAUCCAGGGAUGGUUACUGAUCCGCUCAUGGCUUAUAGAGGGACACCACCUCCAAUUGCUUCAAAUAAUCAACUGGAUGGAAUGGGAUACAGAGUUACACCGGGUCCAGGAUUAGCAACGGGGAUUGGAGAAGCAGGUAUGGGAUAUAGAGGAACGCCUCCACCAGGCAAUCGAGGAUACCGUGGUGCACCAUCACCUGCCCCGGGAAUUAAUCUUGGCCCAGGGCAAUACAGGGGCGGGCCAUCUCCAGCGCCAAGCAGAGGAUAUGGCGAAUCACCACGAAAUGAUGACUUUGAACCAGCUAUGCCACAGGAGUUUCCUUUCAACAGCGGUUUCAAUGAUACACCUGUUUCCGGAUAUGCUCAAGUAGAACCAACGUAUGACAAUCGACCAUACCCAUCUCAACCAUCACGUCAAUUCUCAAAUGAUUCCUCGAGACCACUUGUCCCAGGGAGAUCAUAUACCAACAACACCGACCAGUCAUACCAGUCAUACCAAUCCUACCAAUCAGACAAUUCCUCCAAUGUUGGUACAUAUCCUCCACCACUCAUGCCUUCCAGGGGAACCGGACAAAACGGACCGAACAGAGUGACAUCGCCGAGCCCGCAAAACGGAAAUUAUGGGGGACUGCAGCAAAGAGAAUUUGACAAUCGAUCUCCCGUACAACAACAGCCUAUGUUUGGACAAGGACAAGGACAAGAUUAUUACGACCACGGCGACCAGAGAAAUAUGACGAGGAGUCCUCAGCAGCAGGAGACGUCAGCCUAUCCGGGAUACAGACCUUAUGUCCCUGAGCCGGAGACACCAGCUUACCCAGGAUACAAACCCUACACGCCAGAACCGAGAUAUUGAUGAAUGGUUAGAAUGAUAAGUGGUUAGGGGAAAGUGAUGUACAAAUUAAGCGGUGGAAUAGGAUAUUUGCGGAGUACACCAAACUCUAAAUAUUGUAAAUUUCAAAGUCCCUCGACAUGUAGAACUUCUACCCUACGCCGGCAGUGGUAUAGAAUGCCGUUCAUGUCCCUUUUUCUUAACAAGUACCCCAUAAGGAAUUCUCCUCCGCUUCUUAGGCCUCGAGUUUAAGCUUGAAUUGAAUUUCAGGAAAUUGGACUUUUUAUACCUCCACGCAAAAUUUAACUCUAUCCCUCAAGGGGGUCCAAUCAAUGAGAGUUUAUGUAUCGAUGGUUUAAUAUACUCCAGUACACAAUCCUUUGUCAAGUUCCCUGGUAUUUAUGAUCUACGAUCUUUUAAGUACUACCAUUGAACCUGUCAAACACAGACCAUGAAAACGUUACUUCGGCGUCUCAUAACGCGGGAUCCGGCUCCGUACUCGUUGUUAGGAUAUAACAUGGCAGAUCAACUCUAAUGGGGAUAUAUAUCAUUUCACUCGUGCGAUAAUGAUAAAUCAACACUCUUCAUGCGCACAACUACAAUCCUUUCAUGGCGAGCAAUGCACGGAAUAGGUUCUUGAAGGGGUCCUGGCUUUAAAAGUCCGAUUCGAAAUUCAGUAUCCUCAAAUUCUAGAUUACUCAAAUCUGAUCUUGCCAGUACUCAAAUGUAAAGAUAAAUUCCGAUCGAUAUCCUGAAUUGACGGCAUACUUGAUGCUUCAUCUCAAAGUUCGACAUUCCCUUCGUUCCUUUUUGGCCUAUCCUUCUUCUGCAGAAUCUCUUUAUACCGCAAAUUUGCCGUUUCGAACGAUUUGCAAUAGGCAUAUUUUCAUUGUCCAUAGUUUCAGCCCUUCAUGUUGGGCAGUUUUGCGAUGAGGUAGACGGGUUCCCAAUGAAUCGAAGGUCUAGUGAGGCUAGAUCACAUUGGUUCCAGGCUAGGGAUAUAAUACUCUGGUUUUGCUUGGAGGUUACUGAUAGCUUCCGGGCUUUACAGAAUAUUACAGGGUGAAGAAAAUCUAGGAGUAACUUGAUACUUGCUGGUUUUGGUUAAAUUGCCCAGGCGGCAUAUUAAGCUCAAUCUGGCAAGUACGAUUGUGGGUGUACUAUAUAGUCAGGAAUCGUAGCCCCAAUAAUAAGACAUCCCUUUUCACAUUAUAG